AUGGCAACAACCACCCUAACAGCACUAGCACAAAAGAAAACCCUGCAGCAGAAAUUCAUCAGAGAUGAAGACGAGAGGCCAAAGGUGGCGUACAACGAGUUUAGUAAAGAUAUUCCGGUGAUAUCUCUUGUAGGACUUAAUGAAGCCGGCGCCCGGAGAGCGGAGAUAUGCAAGAAAAUAGUGGAAGCCUUUGAGGAUUGGGGAAUAUUUCAAGUGGUUGAUCAUGGGGUUGAUUCUAAACUCAUUUCUGAAAUGACUCGUUUGGCUCGUGAUUUCUUUGCUUUGCCGGAGGCGGAGAAACUCCGGUUUGAUAUGUCCGGUGGCAAGAAAGGGGGUUUUAUUGUGUCCAGUCACCUUCAGGGUGAAGCAGUUCAAGAUUGGCGAGAGAUUGUGACAUACUUUUCAUACCCGAUCAAGGCUCGUGACUAUUCUCGGUGGCCGGACAAGCCGGAGGGAUGGAGAUCGGUGACGGAGGCUUACAGCGAAGAGUUGAUGAAUUUGGCCUGCAAAUUACUGGAGGUUUUAUCAGAAGCAAUGGAUCUUGAAAAGGAAGCACUCGCCAGAGCUUGUGUUGAUAUGGAUCAGAAGGUGGUUGUCAAUUUCUAUCCCAAAUGUCCACAACCGGAUCUCGCACUCGGACUCAAGCGGCACACGGAUCCGGGUACCAUUACUCUACUGCACCAGGACCAGGUUGGCGGGCUUCAAGCCACCAGGGAUGGUGGCAACACAUGGACUACUGUCCAGCCUGUGGAAGGAGCUUUUGUGGUUAAUCUUGGUGACCAUGGCCAUUACCUAAGCAAUGGGAGGUUUAAGAACGCAGAUCACCAGGCCGUAGUGAACUCUAAUUACAGCAGAUUGUCAAUUGCAACUUUCCAAAAUCCAGCACCAGAGGCCAUAGUUUACCCACUCAAGGUCCGAGAAGGGGAUAAGCUAGUUCUCGAUGAGCCCAUCACGUUCUCCGAGAUGUACAAGAGGAAGAUGAGCAAGGAUCUUGAGCUGGCCAGGCCGAAAAAAUUGGCUAAGGAGAAACAGUUGCAGGAAGAGGAGCUGAAGCAGGAAACUAAUGUGAAACCCAAAUCUUUUGAAGAAAUUUUUGCUUGA